CGCGCGCAGGCGCGGUGCCGGCGGUGGGGGCAGGCGGAGGCGCGGCCCGGCGAUGUCCGCGCCAUGAGCGCGGAGGCGGAGGCCGCCCGGGCGGGGACCGCCGGCGGCCAGGCGGCCCCGGGGCCUGGUUCGCCCGCCGGUAUGGAGCCGGCGUUGCCGGCCGUUCCCCCGCGGGCGGCGCCGGGGGCCGGCCUGUUCGGGUGGCUGCGCGGACGCUGCCUGGGCCGCAGCGCCGCCGUGGACCCGGCGCGGGACACCUUCCGCGCCAUGACCGGGCUGUACGGCUCCAUCCAGCCCGCCGACUCCGUGUACCUCAGCACCCGCACGCACGGCGCCGUCUUCAACCUCGAGUACUCGCCCGACGGGUCAGUGUUGACUGUUGCUUGUGAACAGACUGAAGUACUGCUUUUUGACCCAAUCUCUUCAAAGCACAUCAAAACUCUCUCUGAAGCUCAUGAAGACUGUGUAAAUAAUAUCAGGUUUCUAGAUAAUCGACUGUUUGCAACUUGUUCUGAUGACACUACAAUAGCACUUUGGGAUUUGAGAAAGCUGAACACAAAAGUGUGCACUUUGCAUGGUCACACUAGCUGGGUGAAGAACAUCGAGUACGAUACCAAUACAAGAUUACUAGUAACGUCAGGGUUUGAUGGAAAUGUGAUCAUCUGGGACACAAACAGGUGCACAGAAGAUGGAUGUCCCCACAAGAAGUUUUUUCACACCCGUUUUCUUAUGCGAAUGAGGCUGACUCCAGACUGUUCCAAAAUGUUGAUCUCAACCUCCUCUGGAUAUCUUCUGAUUUUGCAUGACCUUGACCUAAACAAAUCAUUAGAGGUUGGCAGCUACCCCAUUUUAAGAGCUAGGAGGACUACAACAAGUUCAGACAUAACUUCAUCAGGUUCGUCUGGUCCUCGGGCUGUUGGUUCACCAUGUCACCAGAAUGAUUCAGGUCUACUGUCUGAGAAACACAUGUCGCGGUCCUCCCAGCGAGAAGGUGGAUCACCUAGAAAUAGUUUGGAGGUCUUAACACCAGAGGUUCCUGGAGAAAGAGAUCGAGGCAAUUGCAUUACAUCACUACAGCUACAUCCAAAAGGGUGGGCUACGCUUCUUCGGUGCUCAAGUAAUACAGAUGACCAGGAGUGGACUUGUGUCUAUGAAUUCCAGGAAGGAGCCCCUGUGCGCCCUGUCUCGCCUCGCUGUUCCCUGCGAUUGACUCAUUGCAUUGAAGAAGCCAAUGUGGGCCGGGGUUACAUCAAAGAACUUUGUUUUAGUCCUGAUGGCCGGAUGAUUUCAUCCCCGCAUGGCUUUGGGAUCCGCUUGUUGGGGUUUGAUGCACACUGCAGCGAACUUGUCGACUGUUUGCCCAAAGAAGCCAGUCCCCUGAAAGAAAUCCGUUCCCUCUACUCCCACAAUGACGUGGUACUGACAACCAAGUUUUCUCCAACACACUGUCAGAUUGCCUCGGGGUGCCUUAGCGGACGUGUUUCUCUGUAUCAGCCAAAGUUCUAGGCACAUCUUGCAUCAACAGGACCUUCAGACGUUUGUGGUUUUCACUUCAGUUUAGUUGAAGUAUGUUCUUUCUGAGUUUUCUAAAUCCAGACAAGAUCAUAGUUGCUAUGGUCUCUGAACACAACAGCGGAACCAGUUUCCAGCCCAGCACUCUGUGCAUUCUCAUACUGCACCCACCAGUCCACUUCCACAUGCUGUGUUUCCAGCCUUCCAAGCAGACCUCUGCUCCUGCUGAUCCUGUGCCAUCGAGUCAUUGUUCUGGUUUGUUUGUACCAUAGUACUUGUUGAUAAUUUCCUUUGAUGCAACUUGAAGUGGGCUAUUCAAAACAAAUGUAGAGGGGGCAAGGGUUGCAGUUCAGCCAAAAGGCGCCCUCAGGUACGCCGCCUCCUUGUUCCAAAGGAGCUGGACUUCUUCACGUACACCUCCUUGGCCUUUUCUGUUGCUGAAGCUACCAUAUGGUGAUUAUUAGAUAACGAGCUGCUUUUCUACGUAACUGACACGGUUAGUUACUGUCACAAAAGAAAAGAAAAUUUUGUUUUAAUUUAUAUAUUAAUUUGGUUGUUUGUGAUUGGCUAGAAAAAUGAGCCGACUUUCUGUAAUGUUUGCUGCAGUUAACAUGUGGUUUUCUGUGUUUGCAUAUAUUGUGUUUAUUGCCAGAAGGAAGAGGUUUUGGAUGGAGAUGUAGCUGCAUUUUUUCCUCAAGAGAAUUUAAUAGGAAGAAACUGGGGCAGGGAAGCAGGAGCUGAAUGGGUGAAGGCCCAUUAACCCCCCUGCCCUGUAACCACUGCAGAUGAACUGUUGGGACACUUCGUGUGAGGGGUUGUCCUCGGCCGGCCUCUCUCGGGCAGCUUUGACUUCUCAGCCGCCAGGGUUUCUGUUGUAGGGAGCUUUCCACAUCGUAACCUAAACCGUAAUCCCACGUUUGAAACUUAACACUGCAGAAUUUUCUGCUGAUGUUAAGGCUGUGUCCCACCUGACUCUUCUUCUACACCUCACCCGCACCAUUGCUGUGAGAGGAAUUCAUGUAGGACGGGUCCGUAGGAUCACCAGAUGAGCCUUUCUUCACAUGUACUGUCAGUUUGGGAAUGGAUUAAAAGCAUGCCUGCCUACAAUAAGAUCUUUUUGGAUUCAACCGGUAAUUUAUCAUAAGAUGUGAAAAAUGUUAAUGUUCGCCAUUAAAUCACAUAUUAAGUAUGAAUGCCAAGUUUAGGCCUCAAGUUAAUACAGCUAACCUUGUAAAUGCAGUUAUUUCAGUCUCAUACAUCAGUAUCAGUUUGUAAUAUUCUCAUUACUUACGUGUUCCAAGAUCUUUUUUUUUCAGUAUUUCACUAAGGUUUUGCUGAUCAAUCACACACUCAAUUCAGGAGGAAAACUCUACCUAAAAAGGACUGUCAUAUUUUGGCAUUCAGAUUCACUAUCUCCAGCUCGACAGAGCGUGCUUUUUAAAAGUUGACUCCUAAAAAGCCUUUUGCAAAAUACGUGUUUGGGGAAAAGGAAGACAUCUAUGCAGAUGAGAUUGCUGGAAAUACAUAAGCCCAAGGAUCCUCUUGUAGUUUUGAAUUUGUGUAGGUAGCAUACUCUGGGUGUUGGUGGAGAAAUCUGAAAUUUAAGGUUCCUCUGCAUUAUGAGAAAAAAAAAAUUGAUUUUCUCUUUUGGGAAUUUCUUUAGUAAUACAAAGCCUCCAAUACUGGGUAUUUGGUAAUCUGAGGACUAGUUAAUUACUCCUGCAUUGGGUUUUCGUCACCUCUGGGAACUGACUGCUAAAGGACCACAUUCAAGUAGUCAAGUGUGUGCAGAUAACAGACUUCCUACUUUUUGGUAAAAGUCCUAAACUUUCUUUCUCAUGGGUUUUUAACAGAAUUAUUUGGUGAUGAUAUCUCAGUAGAAUAUCAUCCCAGCUGCAGGAGGAGGAAGAAAAGUUUUUUAAGUAAAUAUACUCAGUUAACUUAAAAUGCAAAUUAAUGCCCAUGGUCUUAUCAGAUAGGAACGCAUAGGUUGGAAUGUUCUGUAGCGUAUCUUCUGAGCAGUUCUGUUGCUGCUGAAACUAUUGUCUGGAACUCAAAAGUAGACCGAUGAAAUCGCAAGUGAAGUCUUCUAAAACAUCAACUCUUGAGUUCAAAUACUUGUACCUUUUGAAUGCUUUUGACCUGUGGGCAAGGAACACAGUUCAUAAAAAGGUAUUCUUUUAAUUUUAAAUUAAUUGGCUGAGCCAUGAAAAAUGGGGCAUAGUGACUAAAUGAAUAAAAUACGCAAGUGUAUCUGAGACCAGUUAGAAACACGUGGCUUCCAUCUGCACCCAGCUCCAUGUGAACGCAAAUAACAGCCUGUGAACACGAACCUGCAGGUGGAGCGGCGAGGAUUCGUUUGUUAGAAGCAUUUCAGGGGCACUUCCCUCGUUAAUGACUUAAAGCAAUGGAAGUGAAUUGUACAGAAAACUUGAGGACAGUUGUGGAACAUAGUAUUUUUAUGCAAAGGAGGAGCUAAGCUACAAGGAGUUUUUAAUUAGGCAAGGUAUUUGGGGAAAAAACCAAACCAAACGCCAAAAAAAAACCCCAUUAGCAGCUUGUUCUCCCCCUGUCCCUGCACUGGACCAUGAUGGCUUUUUCCCUAAGCACUUGCUCUUCCCACUUCUAGGCUGCUGUUUUCUCAUCUUACUUAGUGCUUUGCUAAUCAUUAAAGGGGCUACAGGUGACAUUUUGAAGAAAUCUUGAAUACUGUUCUCACAGUCUUGAACUGUGUUCGUUUUGGAGGCGAAGAAGCACCCGUGAAAUCAAAGCAGUUCUUGAGUUGGUUGGUUCGUUUGCUUUCAUAGCUGGCUUUGGUUUUUCCUAUCAGAAAUUAUUUGAACUGGUAGAUUGCUUGUGACUUUAAUUCUAUGCCUGUUAAUAUGCACUGAGUGUUACUUUUUAAAUUCUACCUCAUGAUACGCUGUUUUUUACGAGUAUUGUGCUGAAACGAUGGACACUGACUUUUCUGCAUAAGGAACUUUACUGCGAAGCGAGACGUGUCAUCCCACCCGGGUGCCAGCCGCGGCACCCACGCUGGGGGCGGUGGGUGACAGUCCCUGCCCUGGGAGCAGGAGCGUGGGGCUGAUCUCAAGCUGACGUGGUUGAGGGGUUUGAUGGUACAUUGGCACUUCUGUAGCCUGUCCAGCACAUGCAUAUUAAGAUGGAUUCUGUCCGUGUAUGCUGUAGAAAUGUUACCUAGUUCUUCUGAUUACGUUGUAAGAGUUUGAAUUAGAGUAAGGAGGUAAUCUUGGGUCUUGAUCGUUUGAUUACUCCUUUUCAACAAUACUUGGAAAUUUUCAGUGAAGGUUCAUCUCCUACCUGUGAAGCUCACGUAACACUUAAUGAAACACUAUUCCGAAGUUUAUAACUGGUAUACCUUGCAGUUGCAUCUUGGUGGAAGGACUGAUUUUCAGUCUUUCUGAAUAGUAUUACCUUGCCUUAUUGAAUUAAUGAAGUAAUUUGUUGGUGAGAUUUGGACUAUUUCUCGAUAGUAAAAAAAAAAACCAAAACAACAGUGUGUCUUACUGUUAUGUUUCAAAAGAUGAAUUCCUAACCUUCUAUAACUGUAUAAAACUGUCUGAAAUACAUAUAAGAAAAUGUUUCAAAUAGUAGAUGAAAGACUGCACCAAAGCAGAGUAUGGUAACGACUUACACCGGAGGCUUCUUUACGCUGGUUGACUUUUGACCACUCAAGCGUUACAUUACUUGACAAAUUUUACAGUGUUUCCUACUGAAGAUAGAGCUCUCUGUGUGACUGUAAAGCAUGCAGUACGUUUUUUAAAUGCAUGGUUUCAUAUUCAUUAACUUCUGUAGUAAAAGAAUUCCUCCAUUCACAGCAUGGCUGAUCAGCAGAAGCAGAUAAACUGCAUAAUUAAGAUCUCUGUGGGAAUGUGAACAUAUAGCAGCAUCUACAGGAACCAAACUAGUGUUUGAAGGUAGUAAUCCUGUUGUAGUAGUCCAGUGACUUUAUGUUGUGGGAGUAAAUGCAUUUUCUGAGUGUUCCAUUAGAGUCUUUAAAUCACUGCAGACAUUUGUGGGGAUGGGGAGAGAAACUAUUAAUGGGACGAUACAGUGAAAUUUCAUGUGUAUGUACUUUCUCUGUAUGAGGUGUGUGUGUGUGUUUAUUUCAGUGUAUAUUCCGCCAUGGGGCAUCAGUUCACUUGUCAAACAUGGGUAGUUCAGGGAAUAAUGUAACCUCCAAACGGAACUAUUGGGGAUAGGAGGAAAAGCACAGUGAUACAGACAGACACACACAUGCACGUUUGUUUGCACUCUUGGAGUCUUGGUAAGGACAGUUUGAUUGCCUACUACCAGAAUUAGAAUGUAAACAUCAGGUUUUUCUGGGGUUUGGGGGGGGGGGAUUGGUUGAUUUUGGUGGGGUUUUUUUUGUUUGUUUGUUGGUCUUGGGUUUAUUUUUUUAAUUUGGGUAAUACUGAUGUGGAGAAGGUCCUGAUACCGUAAAACAUGGGUCUGUUGCUCUAUGAAAUGUGAACUCCUAGAAGAAAGAAAUACACUUGCCAAAUGAAAGCUUUUAAAAAAUCUAGUUUACAAGAUUCAAAAAAGGUGGAGUAAAGGGAAAAAGUCAACAGCCUGUAAUAUUUUCAUCCUGCAGGAAAAAGAAACUUCUCAUUUCCUGAUCUUGGUCAAAAGUGCAUUUUCUUAAGCACUAAGUAUCUUCAGUUAAGUGUAAGGUUUUUAAUACAAGAACAAAUUGUGCAUGUAGAAUAUUUUGAAAUACCUGAGAUUUCAUAGUAAAAAUUGUAGCCUUUUAAUACAGUAUAGGAAGUAUCAGACCUGCUCUGAAAAUAUUGUACUUACAGCCGUACAGUAAUUUACUAUUUGUGGACAGUUUCUUUUGCUUGCAUAAUAAACUAAACAAUAAUUCAAUGAAUUAAAAUCUAUUUUAAUGUAUUUAUCUUACACUGA